GACGUGGAGCAGAGGAAUGGGGACAUAACGUACGGGCAGUUCGCGCAGCUCUACCGCAGCCUCAUGUUCAGCGCCCAAAAAAUGAUGGACGUCCCCUUCCUAGACAGAGGUGGAGAAAGGUCCGAACACUUCAGGGUGUCGCUGCUGGACUUCCAGAAGUUCUUGCUGGAGUGCCAGAUGGAGCUCUGGGCUACAGAUAUCCUUCAGGUGCAGGAAUUCAUGUUUAGCUUUCUGCGAGACCCUUUGCGGGAGAUCGAUGAACCGUAUUUCUCCCUGGAUGAAUUUCUCACCUUCCUGUUUUCCAAAGAGAACAGCAUCUGGGACUCGCAGCUGGACAUGGUGUGUCUGGAGAACAUGAACAACCCUCUCUCUCAUUACUGGAUCUCUUCCUCGCACAACACGUACCUGACGGGAGAUCAGUUCUCGAGCGAGUCCUCGCUGGAAGCGUACGCCCGCUGCCUGCGCAUGGGCUGCCGCUGCAUCGAGCUGGAUUGCUGGGAUGGUCCUGAUGGGAUGCCAGUGAUCUACCACGGACACACCUUAACCACCAAGAUCAAGUUUUCCGAUGUCUUGGUCACUAUCAAGGAGCAUGCGUUUGUCACAUCCGAUUUCCCUGUCAUCUUGUCCAUUGAGGACCACUGCAGCAUUGCUCAGCAGAGGAACAUGGCUCAGAACUUCAAGAAGGUCUUUGGGGAUAUGCUCCUGACCAAACCAGUAGAUAUUUCUGCUGAUGGGCUCCCCUCUCCAAACCAGCUCAAGAGGAAGAUUCUGAUAAAGCACAAGAAGCUGGCGGAGGGCAGUGCUUAUGAGGAGCUCCCCACAUCUGUGAUGUAUUCCGAGAAUGACAUCAGCAAUUCCAUCAAGAACGGGAUCCUCUACUUGGAAGACCCCAUCAAUCACGAGUGGAACCCACAUUACUUUGUCCUGACCAGCAGCAAGAUCUAUUACUCUGGGGAGACAAGCAGCAACCAAGGAAAUGAGGAUGAGGAAGAGCAAAAAGAGGCAAGCAACAGCACCGAGCUUCACUCCACGGAGAAGUGGUUUCAUGGCAAACUGGGGGCAGGACGUGACGGGCGCCACAUCGCCGAGAGGCUGCUUACCGAGUACUGCAUUGAGACGGGAGCCCCUGACGGCUCCUUCCUUGUGCGAGAAAGCGAGACCUUCGUUGGAGACUACACCCUCUCCUUCUGGCGCAACGGGAAGGUGCAGCACUGCCGGAUCCACUCCCGGCAGGAUGCUGGCAGCCCCAAGUUCUUCCUGACCGACAACCUGGUGUUCGACAGCCUCUACGACCUCAUCACCCACUACCAGGAGGUGCCGCUGAGGUGCAACGAGUUUGAGAUGAGGCUCACAGAGCCAGUGCCUCAGACCAAUGCCCAUGAGAGCAAAGAGUGGUACCACGCCAGCCUCACCCGAGCCCAGGCCGAGCACAUGCUGAUGCGGGUGCCGCGCGACGGGGCCUUCCUGGUGCGCAAGAGGAGCGAGCCCAGCUCCUACGCCAUCUCCUUCCGGGCGGAAGGGAAGAUCAAACACUGCCGGGUGCAGCAGGAGGGCCAGACCGUGCUGCUCGGCAACUCUGAGUUUGAGAGCCUGGUGGACUUGAUCAGCUACUAUGAGAAGCACCCGCUGUACCGCAAGAUGAAGCUGAGGUAUCCCAUCAACGAGGAGACGCUGGAGAAGAUCGGGACAGCGGAGCCGGACUACGGAGCCCUGUACGAGGGGCGCCAUCCCGGCUUCUACGUGGAAGCCAACCCCAUGCCCACCUUCAAGUGUGCCGUCAAAGCCCUGUUUGACUACAAGGCGCAGCGGGAGGAUGAGCUCACCUUCACCAAGAACGCCAUCAUCCAGAACGUGGAGAAGCAGGAAGGAGGCUGGUGGAGAGGGGACUAUGGGGGCAAGAAGCAGCUGUGGUUCCCUUCCAACUACGUGGAGGAGAUCUCCAGCCCCAGCAGCCUGGAGCCGGAGCGCGAGCAGCAGCUGGAUGAGAACAGCCCCCUGGGAGACCUGCUCGGAGGGGUCCUCGACGUGCCGUCCUGUCAGAUUGCCAUCCGCCCCGAGGGGAAGAACAACCGCCUGUUCGUGUUCUCCAUCAGCAUGGCCUCGGUGUCGCGCCUCUCCCUCGACGUGGCGGCCGACACGCACGAGGACCUGCUGGACUGGGUGAAGAAGAUCCGGGAGGCAGCGCAGACGGCUGAUGCCCGCCUCUCUGAAGGCAAGAUGAUGGAGAGGAGGAAGAAGAUUGCCCUGGAGCUUUCAGAGCUGGUCGUCUAUUGCCGGCCCGUGCCCUUCGACGAAGAGAAGAUCGGCACAGAAAGGGCCUGUUACCGGGAUAUGUCCUCUUUCCCCGAGACCAAAGCGGAGAAGUACGUCAACAAGAUCAAGGGCAAGAAGUUCCUGCAGUACAACCGCCUGCAGCUCUCCCGCAUCUACCCCAAGGGCCAGCGCCUCGACUCCUCCAACUACGACCCCCUGCCCAUGUGGAUCUGCGGCAGCCAGCUGGUAGCCCUCAACUUCCAGACGCCAGACAAGCCCAUGCAGAUGAACCAGGCCUUGUUCCUGUCCAGCGGCCAGUGCGGGUACGUCCUGCAGCCGCCCAACAUGCGGGAUGACUUCUUCGACCCCUUCGACAAGAGCACGCUGCGCGGCGUCGAGCCGCUCUCCAUCUCCAUCGAGGUCCUGGGCGCCCGGCACCUUCCCAAAAACGGGAGGGGAAUCGUUUGUCCGUUUGUGGAGGUGGAGGUGUCCGGGGCCGAGUACGACAACACGAAACAGAAGACAGAGAUUGUGGCGGACAACGGCCUCAACCCUGUCUGGACCCCGAAGCAGUUCCACUUCCAGGUCAGCAAUCCCGAAUUUGCCUUCCUCCGCUUCGUGGUGUAUGAAGAGGACAUGUUCAGUGAUGAGAACUUCUUGGCUCAGGCUACCUUCCUGGUGAAAGGCUUGAAGACAGGUUUCCGAGCGGUACCCUUGAAGAACAACUACAGUGAGAGCCUGGAGUUAGCAUCUCUGCUUGUCAAGAUAGACAUCUUCCCUAGCAAGCAGGAGAACGGCGAAAUUCACCUCUUCAGCGGCUCGGCGCUGCGGGAGCGAGCGGGGGACGCCUCCAGCCAGCUCCUGGCGGGCAGAGCCAGGGAGGGCUCCUUCGAGUCCCGCUACCAGCAGCCCUUUGAGGACUUCCGCGUAUCGCAGGAGCAGCUCACGGAUCACAUCGAGAGCCGCGAGCGAAGGCUCCUGCGACGGACCAGGGUCAACGGGGACAACCGGCUGUAGCCCACGGCGGGCGGCUGAAAGCACCUCCAGUGCUUGUGAUUGUCACGGCACGCUGUGAACUGGUUUCUAUGGAAACGGCACUGCUAUGGCCUACUUUCA